AUGUGGUUGAAAAAGUUAUACGUCGCGAAAAAUCAAUUGGGUGCUGAAAAUCAUGAAUUUGUGACUGUAGUCCAAGAUAACGCUGGUGAUUUUGCCGAGAUGAGUGUUAAUGCUGAGGCAAAUGCUGUCACUUUGAACAACGACACUGAAGUAAAGAAAGCUAAAUAUUACACUCUGAUGUUAGAUUCUACUCCAGAUAUAUCACGAGAGGAUCAAAUUACCGAGAUCUUGAGAUACGUCCACAUCAGUGAGAAUAAGGAUGUCAAAAUUAAAGAGGUUUCUUUUGGUUUUUUUCAAGUUUCUGAGAAAAACGCCGUAAGCUUAGUAGUAACGGUGAUUGAGAAAUUGAAUGAUGAUGGAAUUGACAUAAAUGAUUGUCGAGCACAAGCAUACGAUAACGCGGAUGUUAUGAGUGGUGUACGAACUGGAGUACAAAAACGAAUUUUGGAUAUCAAUCCACAGGUCCAGUUUGUCAAUUGCGUAAACCACAGCUUAAAUUUGGCGUGUGUUCAUGCAGCUGAAGUUCAUCCAACAGUGGUUACAUUUUUUGGUAUUAUGGACAAAAUUUUUGUUUUCGUUUCAUCUUCAACAACACGUUGGGAAGUACUGAAGUCAAAGGUUAAGAAAACUGUCAAGAAGCAUAAAUGA